AUGAAAGACACGCAGCUUAAGUCGCUGGAGAAGGAGCUUCAGGUAUUUGACGAAGACUUGACAAUUUUCGGUGACUCUGAACUUGCAGAGUCGUUUGAUGCGGACAUCCUCGCCACAAUGGGAUAUAAACAGGAACUUGAACGUCAUUACUCUUCUCUUCAGAUCUUUUCGAUUGCAUUUAGCAUCAUGGGCCUUUUACCAUCAAUCGCGGCCACAUUACCUCUCUCACUCCCUGCUGGGCCUGUGGAUGGAUUCGCUCUGAUGCUCUUGUCUAUCCCCUCCAUUGUCUCCGAUGGUAAAUGGACCGCUUCUGCACCCGUAGUAUAUGGGGUUUUUGCAGGAUGUGUAAUUGCCCAUGCAUUUGUGGCCACCUUUGCUUCCAAAUACAUGAACAAGAUUCAAAUGGCUGUCAUUGUGGGUAAUGUCACAAUGGCCAUAGCUACAAUAGUUGCAUUGCCAGUUGGUAAAUCCAGAUCCGCAAAAGGGCUGAACUCUGCAAGCUAUGUCUUUACCCACCAGGAAAAUCAUACGGCAUGGCCAGCCGGCUGGGCCUUCAUGCUUUCUUGGUUAUCUCCGAUCUGGACCAUUGGGGGGAUCGAUUCAUGUGUUCAUAUGAGUGAAGAGGCGAAGAAUGCCUCAAAAGCGGUUCCUCGAGGCAUUCUGGGAUCCAUUUCUGGAUGCUGGUUCUUGGGGUUCAUCACGGUUUGCGUGAUUGCCCUUUCAAUGGAUCCAAACGUCGAAUCUUUGGUACACAGUCCUUUGGGGCAGCCGAUGGCUCAGAUCUAUUAUGAUGCUCUAGGAAAGAGCGGCGCUGUCGGCUUCAUGGUAUUCAUAACGUGUCUUCAGUACUGCAUGGGUUUGAGCUUGCUUAUCGCUGCGUCACGGCAAAGUUGGGCGUUCUCCCGAGACGGCGGUCUUCCCUAUUCCAGCUUCUUCAGAGUGCUUGGGACGCGAAUUCAUUACCGCGCCCAGCCAAUACGAACAGUCUGGGGCUGCGCAUUCUCAGCGAUGAUCCUCGGCCUCAUUUGUUUAGUCAACACUACCGCUGCCAAAGCCCUGUUUUCGUUAGGUCCUUCAGGAAAUGCUGUGGCAUGGGCUAUACCUAUUUUCUCCCGCAUUGUUUGGGGAAAACAUAAAUUCAAGCCCGCAAAAUUGAUGAAUUACACUGUCGCUGUCAAUGGAACGAUUUGGGGAAGUUGCCUGUUGUAUUAUUUCCUCUCCGCGAGGAAAUGGUUUACUGGGCCAAAAACAACUUGGAAUAAAGAAGCUCAUCAUCCGCAGGAAUAA